UCAAAGAAUCAGAGUGAGCGGAAGUUCGCUCUAAGCUAUCGGUUAUCUGAUCAAUUUUCUCCAGAUCUACGCCGGGAGCCACAGGCGGUUCGGGUCCCGAGAUGCAACAACCCCGUCCCUCAGGGGAAAUGCAGGUCCCUCUUGCAACGCAAUAAGAUGCCUGGUCGUCAUCUGGAUUCUGGAGGACCUACAACGUAGGCGGAUUUACUAUCAUAGGGCCAGUUGGCCGCGAGACGGAAGCGGCCGAUGUCACGAGACGUGCCCCAUCUUCUUCGAUAACUGAUGAUGUGUCAAGAGUGUGCCACAUCAAUUAUACAUUGAGCUCUUGCUCGGAUCCGCAAUUUUGAUGUGCGAGCAUACGACAUAAAUGAAACAGGUAUUGUGUCUAUUGCCCAUCGUCUCCCACCUCGUGUGGGUUGUAUCUUCCCGACUUUCCUCCUCCACUCCACGGCAUACAGGAGACGUUUCAAGGAUCGCUCAUGAAGAUCGCGGUAGUAGGGUCUGGCGUCUCUGGCCUUGCCGCGACUUGGCUACUUAACGAGUAUAGCAAUCAUGAAGUGCAUCUCUACGAGGCAGAAUCGCGCCCGGGCGGACAUGCGAAUACGAUAUCUUUCGUGCAAGAAGGGAAGGCGCCUAUCGAUGUUGAUACGGGAUUCAUCGUCUUCAACCCAAUAACUUACCCGAACUUCUUACGAUUCCUCAAUUUAUACCCUCACCUACGAGAGCGCAUCCUCAGGACAACCAUGUCCUUUUCCGUCUCGCGUAAUGCAGGGGCAUUUGAAUGGGCUGGAACCAGCCUCGACAGCGUCUUCUGCCAAAGGCAUCGUUUGCUGGAUCCGAGUAUGUGGCGCAUGCUGUACGAUAUUUUGCACUUCAACGCUUGUGCACCGCGGGCGCUGUGCAAAUCCAAACUUGAAAACCUUUCUAUCGGGGAGUAUUUGAAGACAGAAGGGUACUCGGAUUCUUUCAGAGACAAUUACUUGAUCCCAAUGACUGCAGCAAUAUGGAGUACACCGCCGGACAAAUGUUUCUUAGAUUUUCCUGCCCAGACGUUGGUGCAAUUCAUGCAUAAUCAUCAUCUAUUGCAAAUCAUCGGAAGACCAUCAUGGCUCACCCUUCACGGUGGCAGCCGCACAUAUGUCGACCAAAUUCUCUCGGCGCUGCCUGCGGAACAGCUGCACCUCUCUACCCCUGUCAUUGCCGUGAAUAGACGAGCUUCGGAUCUUCCUACGCAUAUCGAUGAUCCUGCCUGCGUCGAGUUAUUGACAGCGCAAGGCGAACGUAUCAACUAUGACCACGUCAUUCUUGCAUGUCACAGUGAUACUGCACUGUCCAUUCUCAAGGCAGGAGACAGCGCAAGCGCUGUCGAGGAGCACGUUUUGGGCGCUUUUGAGUGGAGCAAGAACAUCGCUGUGCUGCAUAGCGAUGAACGGCUUAUGCCACAGAACCGCAAGGCAUGGUCGUGCUGGAACUACCUCACCAGCUCCACCGGAACUCCGAACGGAACGCGGAAAGUCAACGGCGACCAGGUCUCUCUCACUUAUUGGAUGAACGAGUUGCAGCAUAUACUCGAGGACACGCAUGGAUUAAUCUUCGUCACGUUGAACCCGCCCUUCGAACCCGACCUCAAGCUGGUGAAAGGGAGGUUCCAAUACGAGCACCCGAUCCUCGGCUCUAAGGCUAUCGGCUCGCAAAAUGACAUGUCGGCCAUCCGAGACCACCAAGGAGUAUCCUUUGCGGGUGCUUGGCUCAAGUACGGGUUCCACGAGGAUGGCUUCACGUCAGGGCUCCGCGCAGCCUCUGCUCUCAUCAACGAACAAAGCAUUCAAGAGGGACAGAAAUGCAUGCCCUUUGAGAUCGUCGACGCAGAUCGCCGCCCAAACUUAGUAGAGAUGAGGUUAUUGCCUCUGAUUUUUGACGCCUUCGAGGGCAUGGGGCUGAGGAUGAUCCUCGGUGCCUUCUUGGGAGGAUGCUUGGCAAUCUUGCGAAUGUGCCUCGCGCGGACGGGACGGGGGUUAGUAUGCGAGUCUUGAAUAUGAUCGGUGUUAAAGCGGAACAGGUCGUCAAAUCCGCAGCAUGCCGGGAGCAUGAGAAUGCAAGCGAAACCUAAUGUCAUUGAAAAUACAAGGAUUGUAUGCGCAUACUGAUAUAUGGUGGAGAUGCGAGGACCGAUAGACAAUACAAUUGAUGCAUGAAGAGAUGAUAUAAGUAGACUGGGAUAUACAAUGAGGAAUAGUACGUGAGUAUGCAAUAGAGUGUUCAUCCGAACUCGCAUCCGGUACACAGCCGCGUCUAGGAUGAACUGACUGAUUCCGCAAAAUUCUAAUAUGAUGCGAAGAGUAAGAUACUGAGGUGGCUUGGACCACACAGCCAAGC